CGUGCUUUACCCCGCAUCAUCCUCUUCCACGAUGUCGAUAGUAACAAUCCGCAAUGUCGAAUUCUUUAACAAUCCAGCUAGAUUCCUAGACCCUUUUCACUUUCGCGUCACUUUUGAGUGCAUAGCACCUCUCAAAGAUGGGAAUGAAGAACUAGACCAAGAACUAGACGACUGCCUCGUAGGUCCAGUACCAGUCGGCGUAAACUCUUUCGAGUUCGAGGGUCUCGCUCCUGACCCUGCAAAAAUACCAGCAGAGGACGUCCUCGGCGUCGCUGCUCUCAUCCUCACAGGCUCUUAUCGUGAUCAAGAGUUUGUACGCGUUGGGUACUAUCAGAACACGGAGUACGAUAACGAGGAAAUGAAAGCCACUCCUCCAGAGAAAAUCCAGUUUGAUAAACUCGUACGCGAAUUAAGCACAAAGCUACGCGUCACCCGGUUUCAAAUCAAGUGGGACGUCGCGCCCCAAUCACAAGGUCACGCCGCUGCAGGCGCUGCUGCAUCAGCUGCUGUUCCCUCUGCAAACGACCUAGAUGGUGACGAUGCGAGUGGUAGUACUUAGAUUCACUGUAUUCUUCUUGCACUAUACCUACGCACUAUCGUUUAUGCCAAUGGCUUGCUCCUGUACAAAAGCACAUACGCAGAGGCAUCCUCCCCUCCUCCGUCAAUCGUCCC